GCGAGCGACCUCUUGUGAUCAAGCCAUCUCAAACAAUCACGAAUUGCCCUGCGUGCGAUCGAUCACCUUGAACCAACACCACGAGAUACCUUUUGGUUGCAAAUUGCGUCCUCUGCACAUCCCCUCUCUUUGUGCUGUAUGAAAGGCAGCUGCGAGGCUAGGUUGCAACUGCAUUGUUGAUUCUGUGCCUGCCGAAGUCCAACGUCCUUACAAAGCGAAACCCAACCGACACAAUUUCGGAUAACACAAUCACUCGCAAUGUCGGUCGAGAUCGAUCCCCAGGAGCUGGCGUUUCAGCGGCCGUUCACCUCGGAGGUUUCGCAAACCCUCAAGAUUAAAAAUGCCAACCAUACUCCUGUUGCGUUCAAGGUUAAGACAACUGCCCCAAAACAAUACUGUGUCCGUCCGAACUCUGGAAGAAUCGAGCCUGGAAAGGAGGUUGAGGUUGUUGUUCUUCUCCAAGCCAUGAAAGUAGAGCCUCCUUUGGAUGCAAAGUGCAGAGACAAGUUCCUUGUCCAAUCUGUCGCGGUUACCUCUGACAAGGAGUUCACAAACAUUAACGAAAUUUGGGAGCAUGUUGGCCAGGCUGAGAAAUCCUCUGUCCAAGAGAAGAAGAUCCGAGUUGUCUAUCUCCCACCAGGAGUAUCGGCUGCAGCAGCAACACCAUUAAAGAACGGCAUCAACGGCUUGACCAACGGCGCAAAUCCGCAGACCCCCGACACAGCACCCCCAGCUUACACAAGCCAGCGCUCGCCCUCCCCGGAAGAAGCAGCCUACACUCCCGACACCCGCCGCUCCGUUGGAGGCGCCCCCGCCGUACGACUUGAAGACGAGCCCUCCAACGCUCGCUCCCUCGGAGACGUCAAGUCCUCAGCCUCGAAUCCCGCAAUGCCUUCCAACCCCCCACCUGCCGUCCCCCUCUCCUACGACGAGCUGAAGGCGAAGUUGGCGGAGGCACAGGCCACGAUUGCUUCAUACGCACAAGAAGGCGGAAUGCGGAUGCGGAAGGUGGCGAAGGGCGAGACGAGCAGUGAGACGGUCAACCAGAUUGCGCAUCGGGUUCAGACGCCCCAGGGUGUUCCCUUGCAGGUCGUUGCUGCCUUGUGUCUAGUGAGCUUCUUGCUUGCCUAUCUUUUCUUCUAA